UCAUCUCUCUUACAAAAAUCAAAAACAUUUUACUUUUUUUUUAAAUUUGUUUGAUGAUUCUUCUUGUUUGUUUGAUCAGUAAAAAAGAAAAAAGAAAAACCUAUUUCUCAAGUUUCAUCGAUUCAUUCUAUCACUCAGUCCUUUUCUCUCUUGUCGGGGAUUCUACUGCUCACUCUAUUGUCUUUUUUACAGUUCAAACCUAAUUCUUUUUUAAAUUUUCUGUCUUUGAAUUAAGGAAAUUAAAAGUUUAAGAAAAAAACAGAAAAAGAAAGAAAAAGAAUUAAAGGGUUGUUUGAAAAGUGAUCAAAUAAUUCGUGCAAUGUCACAAGAUACUGAACAGAUAAAAACGGUAGCAGAGAAAUGGAAAUGGUCUGAAAUGCAAGGACUUGAACCUAUCCAUCUCGACUCCGCUGCUAAUAGAUUUAUAUCUAAUGAAGAAGAUCGUUCAAGAGAUUUAUUAUACAUAGACGAACAAGAAAAAGAAGAAGAGAAACAAAAACAACCACGGGAGAGAAGAAGAGAUACUAGAGAGAACGAAAACAUGGAGAAGAAAGAUGGCAGUAGUGGUGCGGAAAAACCAAAUUCAAUAGAACCAGUUGCAUUUAAAGAGUUGUUUAGAUUUGCAGAUAGAUUGGAUUAUGUUCUAAUGGGUAUUGGAACAGUAGGUGCUCUUGUUCAUGGUUGUUCAUUGCCCGUUUUUCUUCGCUUCUUUGCUGAUCUUGUGAAUUCUUUUGGUUCUAAUGCUAACAAUGUAGAUAAGAUGAUGCAAGAAGUUUUAAAGUAUGCGUUUUACUUUCUGGUGGUGGGUGCAGCAAUUUGGGCUUCUUCUUGGGCAGAAAUAUCAUGUUGGAUGUGGACAGGAGAGCGACAAUCGACAAAGAUGAGAAUUAAAUACUUAGAAGCUGUUUUGAGUCAAGAUAUUCAGUACUUCGACACUGAAGUUCGAACCUCAGACGUUGUUUUCGCCAUUAACAGUGAUGCUGUUAUGGUUCAAGAUGCUAUUAGUGAGAAGUUGGGUAAUUUCAUCCAUUACAUGGCGACUUUCGUGUCCGGAUUCGUAGUGGGUUUUACUGCAGCUUGGCAAUUAGCCUUAGUGACACUUGCUGUUGUUCCUCUCAUAGCUAUAGUUGGAGGAAUUCAGACCACCACUUUAGCUAAGCUCUCUAUCAAGAGCCAGGAAGCUCUUUCAGAAGCAGGAAAUAUUGCUGAGCAGACAAUAGUGCAAAUCAAGACGGUUCUGUCGUUCGUAGGGGAAUCGAGAGCAUUAAAAGCUUAUUCCUCUGCAUUAAGAAUCUCUCAAAAGAUCGGAUACAAGACUGGUUUUGCCAAAGGAAUGGGAUUGGGUGCAACAUACUUUGUUGUUUUCUGUUGCUAUGCACUUCUACUUUGGUACGGAGGUUAUCUCGUUAGACAUGACUAUACCAAUGGAGGACUAGCCAUAUCAACCAUGUUUGCAGUUAUGAUAGGGGGAAUAGGUUUGGCACAAUCUGCCCCAAGUAUCAGCGCCUUUGCUAAUGCCAAAGUUGCUGCUGCAAAGAUUUUCCGUGUCAUCGAUCACAAUCCUAGUAUCCGCAAAAAUGAGUCGGGUCUGGAGUUGAAUUCUGUUUCAGGUCACAUAGAACUGAAAAAUGUGGAAUUUUCAUACCCGUCAAGGCCAGAUGUUAAGAUCCUAUCAGACAUCUCUCUAAAUGUACAGCCAGGGAAGACCAUAGCCUUAGUAGGAAGCAGUGGCUCCGGUAAGAGCACUGUUGUUUCUCUCAUUGAGAGAUUUUAUGAUCCCACUUCAGGACAAGUUCUGUUAGAUGGGCAUGACAUAAAAACACUGAAGUUAAAAUGGUUGAGGCAACAAAUAGGACUUGUGAGUCAAGAGCCAGCUCUAUUUGCAACCACCAUCAGAGAAAACAUGCUCUUGGGAAGAAGUGAUGCUACACAGGUGGAAAUUGAAGAGGCAGCAAGAGUAGCUAAUGCACACUCUUUUAUCAUUAAACUUCCUCUUGGUUAUGAUACUCAGGUAGGAGAGAGAGGGUUACAGCUCUCAGGAGGGCAAAAGCAGAGAAUUGCUAUAGCCCGAGCAAUGCUCAAGAAUCCAGCAAUCCUGCUCUUGGAUGAAGCAACAAGUGCACUAGACUCGGAAUCUGAGAAACUGGUGCAAGAAGCUCUUGAUAGGUUCAUGAUUGGGAGGACAACUCUUGUCAUUGCUCAUCGGCUCUCAACUAUCCGGAAGGCUGAUCUUGUGGCUGUUCUACAGCAAGGAAGCGUGUCUGAGAUUGGUACCCACGAAGAGCUAUUUUUGAAAGGGGACAAUGGCGUCUAUGCCAAACUUAUUCGCAUGCAGGAGACUUCAAAUGAAACUGCUCUCAACAAUGGCAGGAAAAGCAGUGCAAGGCCUUCAAGUGCAAGAAACUCGGUCAGCUCACCCAUAAUCGGUCGUAAUUCAUCCUAUGGGAGGUCGCCUUAUUCUCGUCGACUUUCAGACUUUUCCACAUCUGAAUUCAGCCUCUCCCUUGAUGGUACUCAACCGAACUACCGGCUCGAGAAACUUGCUUUCAAAGAUCAAGCCAGUACCUUUUUGCGCCUCGCGAAGAUGAAUUCCCCUGAGUGGGUUUAUGCUCUCUUUGGCUCCAUCGGCUCUGUUAUCUGUGGUUCCAUGAGUGCCUUCUUUGCUUACGUUCUCAGUGCUGUCAUGAGUGUCUACUACAGCCAAGACUAUGUAUACAUGCGCCGUGAGAUUGGUAAAUACUGUUAUUUCUUGAUUGGGGUGUCAUCCGCAGCUCUCAUUUUCAACACCCUACAGCAUUACUACUGGGACGUUGUUGGGGAGAAUCUAACAAAGCGAGUGAGAGAGAAAAUGUUGGCAUCUAUAAUGAAGAAUGAAAUGGCAUGGUUCGACCAAGAGGAGAAUGAGAGUGGUAGGAUUGCAGCAAGGCUAGCACUUGACGCUAAUAAUGUCCGUUCAGCAAUUGGAGACCGAAUUUCAGUCAUCAUGCAGAAUUCGUCUCUCAUGCUUGUAGCUUGCACGGCAGGGUUCGUCCUGGAAUGGCGUCUUGCUCUUCUUCUCAUUGCAGUCUUCCCUGUUGUGGUGGCCGCAACUGUUUUGCAGAAAAUGUUCAUGAAAGGCUUUUCAGGAGAUCUGGAAGGUUCCCAUGCCAAGGCCACGCAACUAGCAGGCGAAGCAGUAAGCAAUGUCAGAACAGUCGCAGCCUUCAAUUCAGAGGAAAAGAUUGUAGGUCUCUUCUCUUCAAACCUCGAGAUACCUCUAAAAAGAUGCUUCUGGAAAGGGCAGAUUGCUGGAAGUGGGUAUGGAGUAGCUCAAUUCUUACUUUAUGCCUCGUACGCUCUUGGGUUAUGGUAUGCAUCCUGGCUGGUAAAGCAUGGCAUAUCGGAUUUCUCAAAGACAAUCCGGGUGUUCAUGGUCCUAAUGGUGUCGGCAAACGGAGCUGCUGAAACACUAACACUAGCACCAGAUUUCAUUAAAGGUGGACAAGCCAUGAAAUCUGUAUUUGAUCUCCUUGAUCGAAGAACAGAAAUCGAACCAGAUGAACUGGAUUCUACACCUGCUCCUGAAACUUUACGUGGAGAAGUUGAAUUUAAGCAUGUGGACUUCGCUUAUCCAUCUCGUCCUGACAGUCAGAUCUUUAGAGAUCUUACACUUCGUGCGCGGGCAGGAAAGACCCUUGCUCUUGUUGGACCUAGUGGUUGUGGGAAAAGUUCUGUCAUUUCCCUAGUACAAAGAUUCUAUGAACCAACAUCAGGAAGGAUACUAAUUGAUGGCAAAGACAUACGUAAAUACAAUCUCAAGUCACUAAGAAAACACAUAGCAAUGGUACCUCAAGAGCCUUGCCUUUUUGCUGCUACUAUACAUGAAAAUAUUGCUUAUGGAAGUGAAUCAGCAACCGAAGCGGAGGUUAUAGAGGCAGCAACGCUAGCAAAUGCGCAUAAGUUCAUAUCAGCACUGCCUGAAGGUUAUAACACAUGGGUAGGAGAGAGAGGGAUACAAUUGUCAGGUGGACAAAGACAGAGGAUUGCUAUUGCUAGAGGUUUAAUCAAGAAGGCUGACAUAAUGUUACUAGAUGAGGCAACAAGUGCACUUGAUGUAGAGUCAGAGAGAAGCGUACAAGAGGCACUUGAACGGGCAAGUUCAGGAAGGACAACUAUAAUUGUUGCACAUAGAUUGUCAACAAUAAGGAACGCUAAUGUGAUAGCAGUGAUUGAUGAGGGGAAAGUAGUAGAACAAGGAUCCCACUCACAUCUGUUGAAACACUAUCCGGAUGGGUGCUAUGCAAAUAUGAUACAAUUGCAAAGGUUCGGUAAGGGGGCGCAAGGUAUUGCUCCAGGGUCAAGUUCUUCGAUGGGAGGAGAAAGAAAAGUCUGUAUCUGAGGGACAGAAACAAGAGAUAAAGGCAUCAGGAUUCAAGACCCGUUUUCUUUUUAGUGAUUCUGCUUUGGUUGAAGCAUCUUAUGUUAAUAACUUAGGAUACAGUAGUACUUUCUUCUGUUUUGUUUUUUAUUUGCUCAUUGUAGUCAUUCCGAUUAAGCUAUAACAAAAAGAAGCUGAAUUUAGAAAGGGAUAUAUAUAUGCUUCUUCACUCUA